AUGGAAAAUAAAAAUCAGGAAGAAGCUUCGAUCAUCGAAGUUUCAACCCUUACUUGCAUUGAUCUUGCAAACACUGAUCUUCAUCAAUCAGCUGUUUUGCUUAAACAGGCAUGUUUGGAUAGUGGAUUUUUCUAUGUCAUAAAUCAUGGUAUAAGCGAGGAGUUGAACGACCAGGCUUUCGAGCAGAGCAAGAAGUUCUUCGCCCUGCCUUUAGAAGAAAAGAUGAAGGUCUUUAGAAACGAAAAAUUUCGAGGCUAUGCGCCACUCUGUGAUCAACUCUUAGAUCCUAUAAAUCAAGUUCGAGGGGACUACAAAGAGGGUUUUACCAUUGGAACUGAAUGCCUCAAAGAUGGUUCCCAUCGUGAUAAGGCAUUAUACAGCCCCAACAUUUGGCCUAACCCUGAUGUUUUGCCCGGAUGGCGGGAGACCAUGGAGAAAUAUUAUCAAGAAGCAUUGAGGGUUUGUAAGUCUAUUGCGAGAAUAAUGGCUUUGGCACUGGACUUGGACGUGAAUUACUUUGACACACCUGAGAUGCUGGGAAAUCCAAUUGCAGAUAUGAUCUUGUUUCACUAUGAAGGGGUGUCUGAUCCCUCAAAAGGAAUAUAUGCAUGCGGAGCACAUUGUGAUUUCGGAAUGUUGUCUCUCUUAGCAACUGAUGAUGUAAUGGGACUUCAGAUAUGCAAGGAUAAAGACUUGGAGCCUCAAAAAUGGGAAUAUGUACCAUCGAUUAAAGGAGCCUUUAUUGUGAAUCUUGGUAAUUUGUUGGAGCGUUGGAGUAACGGUUUUUUCAAGUAUAAUAUAUAUAAUUUUAGCUUAAUUUUCUUAACGUUUUUUGGACACAUGACUUUUUCAUAUUUUCUUAUAUCAUACAGAUCGACAUUGCAUCGGGUACUUGGGAAUGGGCAGGACCGAUAUUCAAUUCCAUUCUUCGUAAAACCGAGCCACGACUGUAUAAUAGAGUGUCUUCCUACCUGCCAAUCGGAAAACAAUAAACCCAAAUAUCCAGCGAUCAAAUGCUCAACGUACCUCUCUCAACACUACAAAGCCGCACAUGCACACCACAAACAGACCUAG